AUGGCUGACUUGCAGUCUUCAGAGCAGAGGACUACCAUCAGAAACGUACAUUUGGCCCACAGGGACACCGCCCUCGCAAGCAAACUCUGGGACGUCGAUUGUCAGGAUGGUCGCGUCUUGUCAAUACAAUCUUCUGGCUUGGAGCAAAUAUCAACCUCCGGAGAGGUGAUAAACGGGGAAGGAGGCGUCCUUCUGCCCUCAUCCCUGAAAGAGGCGUUGGAUGUGACUGGGAAAGCAAAGAAAACCUUCCCUGAGCGAGUCGACAACUUGUAUGCGCGUGCUGAUCGUGUGAUACAGGAGAGCGUGGAGGCCGGCGUAACUGCUAUGCGAGCGUUUGUCGAGGUUGACACGACUGUCCAGUUUGCAUGUCUUGAUGUCGGCCUUCGUCUGAAGAAAGAGUGGGAAAAUGGCAUUCAAUCUGUUUCCCGGAUAUUGGGCGCUAACGAAAGAGCAGCAUUCGCCCAGGAGCGUCUAUUUGAGAGUGCCGACGCGUCAAACGCCGGCGCUAAUUACACCUUGCUCCAAGAGUCUUUGACGCGCCCAGGCGUGUCCGUCGUUGGAUCAGCCCCCUGGGUGGAAACGUCUGAAGCACAUGCGCUAGAGAACAUCUCGCGAAUAUUCGCUCUGGCCAGGAAACACAACCUUCAUGUUGACUUCCACCUCGACUACAACCUUGAUCCCGCGUUAGAGCCUAUGAUCUGGCGCGUCGCGGAUGAGAUGUACUCUAUGGGGUGGACCAAAGCAAACAACGCCUCCAAGGUAGUGACACUUGGCCACGCAACGCGCCUUGCGCUUCUUAACAAGGAUGAGUUACGCCGCUUACGAACAUAUAUGCAAGAACUGCCACUACACAUCGUGGGUCUCCCACCCAGCGACAUAUACAUGAUGGGCCGAUCAAGCGAGGGUGGCGGCCCUUCUCUGGGCGAUCGUACGCUUGACGCCCCUCGACUUUGGAGGGAACACCAAAUUCAGGUUGCUUUGGAUGCCAACAAUAUCGAGAAUGGGUUCACACCACACGGGUCGCUUGAUCCUCUGUCCCUUAUAUCGUGGACCGUGGGCCUGUACCAAGCAGGUAGGGAGGACGACUGGAGAAUGCUACUGGCUUCAGUCACUACCGCUGCGAAGGAAGCUGUGGGCAUGGCAGAAUUGGAGGGAGACAAUAUUGAUGGUCUAGUGCCGCGGAAAGGCAGCAAGGCAGACUUCGUUAUCCUCCCCCAGACGGCGCGGUGGCAAUCUGCCGUCCUCAGUCCGUCGUAUGACAGAAAGGUCGUCUUCCAGGGGCGUUUAGUGGCGCAUAGAAAGGCCGUCCGGUGGAUCGCGAAGUCCAAAGGUUUGUAA